AUGACGUCCCCAGCGACAUCAACUACCUCAAGUGACCGAAAACGACUCCGUGACCUCCUCCCGAACUUCAAAUUCGUCGGCUCGAACUGGCAGCCAGGCCCGCUAAACUUCCUAACCGACGUGCCCGGUGUACUAGUCCACAGGCAAGAGAUCUUCUCAGACGACCACGCCGAAAACACGGGGGUAACGUGCAUCUUGCCGCGCAAAGAUUGGUUCCGCUCAGCCUGCUACGCCGCAGUGUUCUCCUUCAACGGCGCCGGUGAACUGACUGGCUCGCACUGGAUCCGAGAGACGGGGCUGCUGCACUCCCCGAUUGUGCUGACGAAUUCGUAUUCAGUCGGUGCGGCGUAUCAGGGGAUCUAUGAAUAUGCUAUUAGCCGCCAUGCCAGCCCUGGAGAACCUGUUGACUGGCUGCUCCUCCCAGUGGUGGGCGAGACGUUCGAUGGCUAUGUUAAUGAUAUAACUAGAUUGCCUGUCUCGUCUAGUCAUGUCGUUCAUGGCAUUGAGAGGGCAUCGAGUAAACCUGUCAAGGAAGGCAACACGGGCGGCGGCACUGGGAAUAUCUGUCACUCUUUCAAAGGCGGGACCGGGAGCAGCAGCAGAGUUAUCCCAGGCUUCGAUACCGAGCAACAGGACAAACUUUACACUGUCUCUGUGCUGGUACAAGCGAAUUAUGGGAGACGAUCACAUUUGCGAAUUGGCAAUGUGCCAGUGGGACAGAUUCUUCACGAGCAGAACCAACAAGCAUCGGUCGGCAACAAGAGUGCAUCCCAAGGCGAUCAAGAUGUAUCCCCUCAAGAUAAGAGGGUCGGGAGAACAGACGGCAGUAUCAUCGUAAUAAUCGCAACCGACGCACCACUACAUCCCCUCCAACUAGAGCGUCUUGCCAAACGAGCCACCGUUGGCCUGGCUAGAGUCGGGGGCAACGGACUCAAUGGCUGUGGAGACAUUUUUCUGGCAUUCUCCACUGCCCACCACAUCCCCGUCCAAACUGCAUCUGCCGUGGACCCGUUUAAGCCAUCGCCAAACAUUACUGCCGCCAUCGAUGACGCCACCAUUAAUGCUUUAUUCGAAGCGGUGGCUGAUGCAACAGAGGAGUCGAUCUUGAAUGCUCUAUGCAUGGCCGAGACGUUGACGGGGCAUCUUGGUCACACUCUCGAAGCACUGCCACAGGACAAGGUGAAGAAUAUUGUGGAACAGUACGAUGCUUUCCAGACUAGGCUCUCGUCGAAUCGGGGCUGA